UCUCUUUCCUCCACCUCAUCCGUCCGCCAGCUUACUAUGUUGGCUUACUCGUGCGUUCUCGCCAGUCGCGACAGAACGCUCGCCGAGCGCACAUCGCGGUGCAGUCGGCGCGUGUUUCAAGCAAAUCGACUUCGAACUCGGUUCGAAUUUUUCUCGAGGAAAGGAGGAGACACGUCUCGUUACAUACGACCAUUCGACAAAUAACGAUGCGAGGACGUUUCGUGUGAAAUGUACGGAGCGAUUUGCGCGAAACUGAAUGUCAUCGCGCGAAUGUCACGCGUGCCGGAAGUCUCUCCUCGAGAUUGUGACUGGUGGUGAAUUCGUUGGUGUGUUGUGACUAUCGCGUAAAUUGCUCUUUAAUCCAAGACAGUGAAUUUAGAUGAUCUCGAUGUCGUAUAUUUGUCAAUUUUGAAUUUUCGCCGCGUGUCGACGCGGAUUAUUGCGAGUGCGCGGGUCGCUGAGUUGAAAAAAUUCAAUAAAAAAAAGAACAAAAAAGAAUGUUGAAACACGUGUCGGUCUCGCCGUGGAGAGGACGGGCGGACAGCGUGAGCCUCUCAUCCAGCGGCGGCGCGAGUAGCUGCGGAAGCGGAAGUCCUACCCCCGGUCACACACCACCACCCUCGAGAGCGUCCUCAUGCGCUUCCCUAGUACCCUUAAACGCUCUGUCGAGCUUCUCCCCGGCUGAUACCGCGCCCCAACAGACCACCAUCAAGGUCUAUGCCAAUUGCUUGCGACCGGACAUUGAAUACAAGACCCUGAGUAUCACCUACGAGACGACCUGUCGCGAGGUCGUGCAAAAUCUUCUGAACAAGUAUCGCAUGAGACACCGCGAUCCUCGAUUAUUUUACUUGAUCAUGGAGGUGACCGUAAGGAGGGCCAACGUGCGCACCGUUUUGCCGCUCGACGAGGAUGCACGGCCGGCCGUCCUGCAAUCCUGCCAUCCUCGCGGCGAUUCCAGGUUCUCGUUGCAGACGCGCCGUGGCGGACUCGUCAAAAUAUACGACAGCGCACUCAUGUCCGGGUCGAAAUACAAGAGCCUUCUGGUCUCGGAGCAGACCACCGUAGAUGAGUUGAUCCAGAUGCUGCUGAGUUGCUACAGCUCCAAGGAACCAGUGGAGCAGUUUUCUCUCUACGAGGUCUGCGAAGGUGAAGAGUACCAAAGGAAAUUACACCCCGACGAUUCUCCGCUCAAAGUUACACAACGAUGGACCAGCAUGGAUCGACAUCUUCGCAUUAGACGUAAUCCAGAUUAUAGGCGGAAGAGCAUGUGGGCGUCGGAUUCGAGCAUUAUGGCAAUAUCGAGGCUGAAUCUCCACGACAGUCCUCCUAUCCAUUACAGUUCGAGGCUCGACAACAACAAUCAUUUGAGUCUGCAUCAUCUUGCUGGAAAAACUGUUAAUAUUACCACUAACAACAAUAACAACAACAUCAUCCAUCGGGAUCAACAUCACUCGUCCUUAGGUUCCAUUAAUCAGACGCCGCGAAUCGUCGUACCCCGCAGUACGGAUCUUCCGCAGGUACAGCUGCCGCGGGUGCAGCAACUCCCGCAGAGCGUUCCGUCGACGCCGAUCUCGGCAAAACAUAUAACUGCCUCUUCCUAUGCUGAUUACGAGAAUUAUCUCUUUAUAUAGGGGCGAGUCGCACUCACGAGCUUGCGUGAACGUAAUCGAAGUUGAGAGAAAUUGCGUCGAUCGCGAGAAUUCGACUCGCGAAACGGUCAGAGUUACCAGAGACUUAUUGAAGAUACUAGAAAACUUGGCUAUUCGAUAGCACAAUUGUCUUCGUAUGUAAUAUGUAGACUUUAAGUACUACGAGCACUAUGAGGCGUCAACAAACGUGUACCUUCGAAUUGUGUUAGAAAAUUACUAAUGCGUCUUCUCGAUAUAAUUUGGAUUUACUUAGUUCUUAUUUGGAUCAAUCUAUGAUGAUUCGACGAAGCUCGUUUCUUCAUUAAGGAAAUCUAAUUUGCAUCGAAACAGGCGUGAUAAUUUCUGAUGGAUAUUAUGAUGUUUGAUUAAUAUUUUAACGAGCAAAUGAAAGCAUUUGUAACGAAAAAAUUAUGUUUCUAGCUUUAUUAUAAUUGUUAUAUUUAUAUAUAUAUAAUCAUAAUUUUUUUAAAGAAAUUCAAGAAGAAGGAAAUCGCAAUGAUUAAAGGCUCGUUUGCUGCCUGUAUGUCAGCUGAUCGAAGGUUGAUAACAAAGAGAAUUUAUUAUUAUAUUAGAUAGUAGUGAGGGAAAUUGUACCAAAGGUAGAUAUAUAAAAUUUUAGUGUAUUUAUACAUAUACGUAUAAAUAAUAUAUGCUGCGUUCGUAAAACUGUGUGCGGCACUCAUCAAGUCUGACACAUACAUUUAAGAUUUUGAUAAUUUUUAUAAACAUUUGUUUAUAACUUCUUGCGCAUCCAAAAAAAAAUGUUGACUUGAUGUCUGAGAAUAAACCAUUUUGUAUUUUUUUUUUAUAUAUAUAUAAAUCAAUAUAAAAUUACCAGAUAAUUUUAAUAGUGAAAUUUUGUAAUCGCAUAGUUAAAAAAUAAGGCUCGUUUGGAGUGAUUUAAAGCGCGAGAAGAGCUUCAGAAAUGUAUUAUUAUUUAUUUAUGUAAAAUGUAAAAAGCCUUUAGUUAAGUUUAUCUGAAAGUAAUUUUAAAUUAUUGUUAAACUUCUCUCGUCUAUUCAAAAUUUCGUUCAAACCGGCUGAACAGAACACCGGACAUCUCCUACAUGUAAAUAUUACAGGCGGGAGAGAAAAACGUGUUUAAGUAACACUCACUGUUAUCGCAUUGUUUAGCGAAUUGCUUCGUAUAAGAAUUUGUAAUAACCAUUUCUCUAGUUGCAUAUAUAUACAUAUCGUUUUUUCUAAUCGCGUAAUUACGGAAACGUAAUUUACGAAACGUCAGAUCGCGAUUGCAAACAUAUUACUCCCGUUAUCGCAAAGGCAAACGAUUUUAUCGCAUUGAGAUUAAUCAGCUGUAAAGCAGUAAUGCAACAUCUGAGAAAUUGUGCGAAACACUUUGAGAAUUAUUUCACACGGUUAAUAGCGAUUCACGCGACUUCAUCAUUUCCAUACGGUGGAAAUGAAUAAAUGAAGAUCCGCUACGUUUUCUUGCCGCACAAUACGUUUUAGAUUUUAUUGCCAAAGAGUCGGUACGAGACAGAGAGAGAGAGAGAGAGAGAGAGAGAGAGAGAGAGAGAGAGAGAGAG